UAACCAAACUAUAGUCAGUAGUCAGUACUCACUACUCAACUACAUUCUACUAGUUACUCACUAUUAGUAAAGUAACACUACCACACUACUGCCAAACGUUUUUAAUUUGUUGACUUUGUUCCUACGCUUUAUGUCACUUUUUAGUUCAUAGUUAGUGAACAUCUUUUGUCAUCGUACCUAUCAGCAGUCAGUGGUGAGGAUCAUUUUACAUUUCUGCUUUGUGUGUUUUUCAUGCGACUAGCAUAUUUCCAGAAAUAGUAGUGGCCUAGUGGUGACGUUGUUACACAACGAGCUACACCGAUGACAAUGAAGAAGUCUGAUGAAUGUAACAAUACGUCAGGGCAAAAGCGACCGUACAGGCCGGUAGUCAUUGUACAUGGGCUGAUGACUGGUGAUGUCAGCACAAUGCAGCAUCUGGCUGCUCGUAUAUCUGAAUUACAUCCAGGCACCAAAACCUAUGUUAUAGACAGGUUUUGUGGUUUGGCUAGUUUGGAACCACUGUGGCGACAGACAAGGAAGUUAGCUGAUGACCUAUUAAAAAUAUGUUCGUUGCAUCCAGAGGGUGUGCAUGUCAUAGGAUACUCACAAGGCGGACUCAUAGCAAGAGGCAUGAUAGAAGAGUAUGGUACUGAGCACAAUGUCAGGACAUUUGUAUCACUUAGCUCGCCGCAAGGAGGCCAGUAUGGUGCCGAGUGCUUCACGAAAAUGUUUCCUGCACUGACAGCGCGCACGGCAUAUGAGUUGUUCUACACACGCUUGGGUCAACGGGCUCUGUCUGUGGCCAACUUUUGGUAUGAUCCCAGACAUAGGGACCUAUACCUUAAAUACAGUGUGUAUCUUGCGGCCAUUGAUAAUGUUAAACAACAAGAAUCGAGUGGUCUUCAUUUACAACAGACUGAAAAUGAUAAUGGUUUAAAAACAAUGAUGGGCAAUAUGUCUACUACAGUAACUAGUAGCACUAUAACUGUGGUAGAGACUAAUGAUGACACUCAAAAAAUUAUUGAAGCGCGUGUUGCUGCAGCAAUAGCAGCAGUUUCCGCUGCCACUGUCAACAUUUCUGAAAGCCAUAACGACAACAGUGAUGCUCACAGUGGAACAACAGAUGUAGAUACACUUAUGGCUAUAGUCUCAGCCCACGAUAACUACUGUGCAGAUAAUGAUAACGAUAAUUCUAACCCCAACAUCAAGAAACUUGGCCUGACUCGACUGCAGCGGCUGGUAUUGAUUGGUGGGCCUGACGAUGGGGUUAUUUCACCUUGGCAAUCCAGUCAAUUUGCCAUACUGGAUAGUUCUGGUGGAUUGAUACCAAUGCGGGAGCGUCGACAAAACGACGUGUACAGCGAUAACGACCCAAUUGGAUUACAUCAGCUAGACAUGACGGAUCGAUUGGUGGAGUACACUGUGCCGGGAGUCAGUCAUCACGAGUGGCACCAUAAUGAAAAAGUACUACGUGAGUGCAUAAUUGGAUGGUUAGACUAGAAACGGCUAGAAUUAUACUGAUGCUGUAGUGGUUUAUAAUAAAGUGGUAUGUAGUCUAAAAAGAGAAAGAAGACUACCAAGAUGUUUAUAAAUAUUUUACCAUCUAGCAAAUGCUAUUGUGAUAUUUUUGUUGAAACUAUGUAUUUGUAUUUACAAAUUGUCUAAACUUUUAAUAAGUGAUUAUUUUAUUAAUGAAUAAUUUAACUUUUAAUUUUUAUAUCCAUAUUUUAUUUUAUUUUAUUUUUAAAAUAUAUUUUUAUGUGUCAUAUCAUUAUAAAUUAAGAUCAUAUAGACUGGAAACGGUAGGUAAAUAGUGUGGUGAAAAUGUCACUGUAAAUAUUAUGGUGAGGGAAUCUAUACAAUUAGAGCACUAUCUUGCUAUCCCAUAAUAUUCUAUAAUUAUUCUAUAGGAACCAUGUACUAUUAGGAUGAAUAAUAUAGUACAAUAAUAAUAAUAAUAAUAAUGAGUUAAGAAUUAAGAUCAUAGACCACCAGGUUCUCAUAACAAAUUAUCGCUACUAUUAACUCACUCACAAAAUGACCAUGAUAAAAUGUAAUCAGUAAUCACAAAAUAUCCGCCAACCAUGUCGUUUCCAGUCUAUAUAUAAUGAUAGUUUGUGGUUAAACUUUUGAUGUUAUUCAUUUAAUGAAUAGUGGAAAAAUUAUGUCCACCAAAGAUAAUUAUGAUUACAUUUAUAUUUUAUGCAUUUAAAAAGUACCAUUAUAAAAAUAUUAAACAUUCAGAUAAUUCUUUUAUUAUGCUUGUGCAUUAUAAAAAUUAAAAACCAUUUUGGAAAAAUAAUAUGUAACUAUGCUCAAAGAUUUUAAUGUUUUUAAAUACUUUUCUUUAAAAAAUAUUAUAUAUUUAUACAAAUUAAUACAUCAAGUUGUUUUCCUUA